AUGACCAACAAGGCCGCCACCGCCAGCAUCAUCGCCGCCGUGGGCGUCGUGGCCGUCAUCGGCACGAUCGCCGCGGUCACCACGUCCAAGAAGGCCAGCGACGAUGGUGGCAACAUGUCCACCAGCAUCAAGCUCUCCCAGCUCUGCUCCUCCACGCUGUACCCGGCCAAGUGCGAGAACAGCCUCACCCCCGUCGUCAACGAGUCCUCCAACCCGGAGGAGGUCCUCCGGGCCGCGCUCCAGGUGGCCAUGAACGAGAUCGGCGCUGCCUUCGCCAAAUACACCGACGUCGGCAAGGGCGCCGCCGACAAGAUCACCUUGAGCGCCAUCGGCGAGUGCAAGAAGCUGCUCGACGACGCCAUCGUGGACCUCAAAGACAUGGCCGGCCUCAGGGCCGACCAGGUCGUCGUCCAGGUCAACGACCUCAGGGUCUGGAUCUCCGGCGUCAUGACCUAUAUCUACACCUGCGCCGAUGGCUUCGACAAGCCGGAGCUCAAGCAUGCCAUGGACAAGCUGCUGAGGAACUCCACAGAGCUCAGCAGCAACGCCCUGGCUAUCAUCACCCGCGUCGGCCAGUUCCUGCAUCAAGGACAGGACGCCAAGAGUGAUUCCACCGGCGGAGGGAGCCGCCGACUUCUCGGGUGGUACAUGGGUGACGCGCACGACGUGGAAAGCAGGCGCCGGCUUCUAGCUAUCAAUGGCAGGCUGGAUGAGAUCGCAGUCGUGAGAGACGCGAGCCGGCGCCUCCUGUCAGAGACGAUGGACGAGAUCACUGAGAUGUCCCACGACGGAGACCGCCACCUGUCGGAGACGAUGGACCAGAUCGACGAGAUGUCCCACAACGGAGACCGCCACCUGUCGGAGACGAUGGACCAGAUCGAUGAGAUGUCCCACAAAGGAGACCGCCACCUGUCGGAGACGAUGGACCAGAUCGAUGACAAUACAUAUAUUUCAGCAUUAAACAUUUAUGUUUCAGCAAUUCAGCACAUUACACAAUAUUAA